CAAAGGGAUAGCUAACCCCCUCGCAAUCUACCAUCAACUACUCACUAAUUCACCUGUACUGCCUCUCUUCCGCACCCCUAUCGUCCCUAUCGUCGUACAGUCCGGUCAUCCAUCACUUCGCGGCUCGUCGACUUUAGAUGGCGCUGUCCUUGUUCCCCCUUCGCCGCCAUUCUCACUCUUAUACUAUUGCUUUAUCGCAACCCCUGCGCAGACAUAGUAGGAAUUGAAUCUAAACUACUAGAAUCGAGUCCAAAUCUUCCAACAUGUCUCUCCAAAUCGUCCCCAUGACCGAACAGGACAUACCCAAGGCCGUAGAAUGCGUCCAAACGGCAUUUGCCGAUGACCCGUAUUUCCACUGGCUCUUCGAUUCCUCGGAAUACAAUAUCCGCCGAAACGCCGCCUCCCUAGCCGCCCACUUCCAAUACGGCCUAAACUGCAAGAGCCCGAUGUACGUCGCCAAGGUCCCCCUCAGCGACAAACACCCUUCCUCCAUCGUUGGCGUCUGCUGGUGGUUCGGACCCCAGCCCACCUCUAAACCAUCCACCUGGUCCGUCUGGGCCCAGGACUGGCUCCUCUCCUUCCGCCAGUUUCUCUUCAACAUCCGCUUCGGCGGCAGAGGCGGCCUUAACCUCCACCGCUACAAUCUCUGGAAAGCCAUGCAACGUAAGACCCACGAUGUCAUCUGGACCGAUCCCCGUGGGUAUUACUUCUGUAAUGUGCUAGCUGUCAGCUCGGAGAUGCGUGGGAUGGGGGUCGGCCGGAAGCUGGUGGAGGUUGUGACGCAGCAGGCGGAUCGGGAUGGCAUACCGUGUUAUCUAGAGAGUUCAAAGGGUGUGCCGAAUUUGAUUAUCUACGAAAAAUUGGGGUUUGACCUGGUCACGGAGAUUGAUUGUGUGGAUGGUCGCGAUGCUUGCAAGCUGUAUUGUAUGGUUCGGAAGCCGAAGAUCAAGGCUUAGAAAGACGGACCUUUUGCAGACUUUUUUGCGUAUGGGAUCAUUUUUGAUGUUCAUCUCGUAAUAUGCGGUUUGCUAUGUAUUGAGUAGUCAGGGUUUAUUACGGCCAUGGGGAUCCGGUGAUAGCCGGUUAUCAAGGUCGCCACAGAGGAUUCCGUUCCCCGGCCACUAUAAUCCGUUUUUCUAUUAUAACAGGCAGAACUGACUAGAUAAUUCUCAUAACUGCUGGCCCUGGGUUGGCGGUUCUAACGAAGAAACUUGGCGAUUUUCUAGUCAAACGAAUCUAACCAAUCGGGCGAGUGUUCAAGUUCUCGAUCCCGUAGACCAGUAGUUGAAGGAACAGGACGAAUGUAGAUCUGCAUGAAGUUCAAUUACCCUAUAUUACCUAGAAAUAUUGAGAUAAUUGGACCUUAUU